AUGACGUUUUUUAUAAAUAUUUUCUUAGCAAUCAACGAAGACGACGACGAUACCGUUGCAAUGAUCAAAGAAUUGCUAGACUCGCGAGUUCGACCAAUGGUUCAAGAGGAUGGUGGCGACAUAACAUAUUUAGGCUUCGAAGAUGGGGUUGUCAAAUUGAAACUUAAGGGUUCAUGUACAGGCUGUCCUAGCUCCUCUGUGACUCUCAAAGCUGGAAUUCAAAACAUGCUGCAGUUCUAUGUUCCGGAAGUAAAAAAUGUGAUUGAAGUAACUGAUGAAUCAGAUGAUUUGGUCCAGAAGGAGCUAGAAAAGUUUGAGAAAUCGCGAGGUAUUGUUGAUUAG